AUGGCCGCAGCCACACUCCCAGUAUCCCCCACGCCUGCCCUCAGUGAUCGUGAUGCCGUCGCUGACGCCCUCUACCGCGGCGUUGUCGCCUUUGACACAGCUGAUGAUGUUCUCUUCAAAUCUGCCUUGACUGAUGACGCCGUAUUGGUACUUAAUGGUACCGUCAUGGAAGGCUACGACGCUAUCUACAGCCAAUGCUACGCCAACAUCGCCAAAAUGGACACCAACCACUUCCUCACCAACGCGUAUCAACACUACCGAAGAAUCAAGGGCUCAGGUAGCAUGCUCUGCUCUUUCUCAACACUAUCGCGGUGGAGAGGGCAUGAAGCCCGGCUCCGACUUCCUGCUUGCUGGUGGAUUGUACGCGGUCGAGUUAGAAAGAAAUGCCGGAGACGGACUGUGGAAGAUGAAGCACUGGACGCUGAAGACUACUUGGGGACAAGGUGA